AUGGCUUUGGACCUGCACCAGGGAUCGGCUUUAAGCCCUUAUCUCUUCCUCCUGGUUAUCGACGCGUUAACCGUGGAGAUCCAGGAGGAAACACCCUGGUGUAUGCUUGCUUUGAUAUACACGGUGCGUGCCUCAGUCAAGUUUCCACCAGGCUUCAAGUUCGGAGCCGCCGCGUCAGCAUAUCAAGUGGAAGGAGCUUGGAAUGUCAGCGACAAGGGUCCAAGUAUAUGGGAUAAACAUCUCCAUGGCAACCCUGCUGUCAUCACGGAUCGUACUAACGCUGAUGUCACCUGCGACUCCUAUCAGCAUUGGAGAGAUGAUGUUAACAUUGCUGCGGAUCUUGGGCUACAUUUUUACAGGUUCUCGAUAUCGUGGACAAGACUCCUGCCAACGGGUACAAGUGAAAGAAUAAGUGAAGACGGCAAAGCUUAUUACAACAAACUAAUCAACGGUCUGCUAGAGAAAGGCAUACAGCCUGUAGUCACGCUCUACCAUUGGGACUUGCCACAGAGAUUACAAGACUUAGGAGGUUGGACUAACCCUUUGAUCGCAGAUUGGUUUAUGGACUAUGCAAAAGUUGCUUUUUCUUUAUACGGCGAUAGAGUGAGUAGAAUUGGCAUAACAAAUCAUCUUUAUUGGUUCGAGCCAACUUCAGAAGAAAACAAAGAAAUCACGAAAUUAGUUAAUCUGUAUAUGCACAUAAGCAUACACGCCGUCUUCUCAAAAGAGGGUGGAUGGCCUCCAGAAAUAGAGAAGAUAGUAGCAGAAAAUAGUAAAAAACAAGGAUAUCCUAGAUCCAGACUACCAGCAAUGAGUAAAGAGGAAAUCAAUCUCAUUAAAGGUAGAAUUGGAAUAACAAAUCAUCUUUAUUGGUUUGAGCCAACUUCAGAAGAAAACAAAGAAAUCACGAAAUUAGUUAAUCUGUAUAUGCACAUAAGCAUUCACGCCGUCUUCUCAAAAGAGGGUGGAUGGCCUCCAGAAAUAGAGAAGACAGUAGCAGAAAAUAGUAAAAAACAAGGAUAUCCUAGAUCCAGACUACCAGCAAUGAGUAAAGACGAAAUCAAUCUUAUUAAAGGCACCUACGACUUCUUCGGUCUGAACUACUAUACUUCUCGUCGAGUACGAAAAGCGACGGUAGAUGAUAAAUUCCACGACUGGCCGUUAGGAGAGAGCUGUGUUGAACUCGGCGCCAUCUUGGAAUACGAUACAGCAUGGAAGAAAGGCGCCUGCUCUUGGUUUUGGGUUUAUCCUGAAGGUAUUCGUAAAUUAUUGAAAUCUAUAAAAGAAACGUACGGUGAUAUUGAAGUGUUUAUCACUGAAAACGGAUUAGCGACGAAAAGUAGCAGUUUGAAUGACAAUGAACGGGUAGAUUACUAUAAGAAACAUUUGGAACAGGUAUGGCUGGCGAUAUACAAAGAUGGUGUCAACGUAACCGCUUACACGGCCUGGUCUAUGAUAGAUAACUUUGAAUGGCUCGAUGGUUAUACUGUACAAUUCGGUUUAUAUCAAGUGGACUUCAGUAGUAAGAGCCGAACAAGAAAGCCACGCGCCUCCGCGAAGUAUUACGCUGACGUCAUAAGAAGCCACAGCUACGUCACCAAAUACACAACAGAUGAACUCUAUUUGUCUAUUUUGUUCUACACAUUUCUACCUGGUAUACUAGUGAUGGUUUUGCUGUUACUACUUUACUGUCCUGUGGCGGCUAAAUUAUUGUCAAACAAAGGUUAUAAGUCGAUUAUUAUUGACUAGCUGUUCUCGUGCGA